CCAGCUUGAGGAACCUGGUCAACCUGGGGAAGAGCUAUGAGAAGUCAGUCACAGUCAUUGCGUUACGUGUCAGUCCUCGUACUCGUUCUCCAUCAUCAACAACCCCUCUCCUUCUCGGCUGCUGCUCUUUAACAGAGCGACCGGUGAUUAGAUAAACCGGCCCAGGUGAGCCAUCUACGCACCUGUCGCUAAUUUCGAAGCCGGCCCUGGCACACCCCGCUUCGCUGCAGAGAAGCACUUUUUUUUUGAAGUGCUUCUCUGUGCUUUUAUCCUUCCAUCCUGAAAACCCAGAACAUCAAACCCAGCGGUUUUGAGUGCCUGUUCUCUCAAAAGUAGCAAAAAGUAGAAGAGAGGAGAGAUUUUUCUUACGCUUGGUGAUCCUAAACAGGCUCUAGGGACAAAUAUUAUAUUAUCAUUAUAUGGAAACUAGCAGUUUUGUUAUAAUCUGGCAUAUUUACACCUGCAUUGUUGAAGAGACUAACAAAAAAAAUAAAUACAAAAAAAAAAAUCAUUAAAAAGUCAAUUAGCCACUUUGUGCCAUAAUACAUUGAGACAAUGGAAGUUAUUUCUCUCAAGAAGUAGUCUGCACCCUCUCAAAAUAAAUACAACUCACGCAAGCAUACAAACAUAAAAAAAAAAAAAAAGAUUUACAUUUAAGUUUCCAACAGUACAGGCCAAAAAAUAAUUCAAAUUGGAGGGUGCCUGUUUAGAAACAUUGUGGUGGUCUACAACCAUCUAAUUUAUUUAGUCUGGUUUCUUACUCCUGUUUUCUUUCAAGCUUCAUCAGUGACUAUUAAACAACCCUAAUGGCAGUUAUGAUUCAGCCCUAUGAAAUAUGCCGAGCAACAAACACCAAUAAGGGAAAUUCUGUUGAUGUACUUACCCUCUGUUGCUGAAGCUAACACCGUGUAACACACUAUUUAAUACCUUGGUAGUCGUUCCUGCAGCAUAGAUAUUUGUAGCAUAGAAAUAUGACUAAAUAUAUUUUCAGGAAGCAAAUGCAAAUGUUUCAACAUUGCCCAUCCAUGCAGGUAUGACCUUCGCUGGAAAGGCCUACUUUGAUGCCAUCACAAAAAUCGGGGAAAAUUCCACCAUGUCUCCAGUGUCCAGGGAACUUGGGAUGGUUCUAAUGGAGAUUGCAGAUGUUCACAAGAAGGUCCUUUUUGAGAUGGAACAAAAUCUUAAGAGAUUUCACAGAGAAGUUCUUACUGAGCUGGAGAAGAAGACAGAAAUGGAUGUUAAAUAUAUGAACGCCACAUUCAAGCGCUAUCAGUCGGAACACAAGCUGAAACAGGACUCCCUGGACCGUUCUCAGACGGACCUAAAAAAACUGAGAAGGAAAAGCCAGGGUAAAAACGUGUCCAAGUAUGAGGUCAAAGAAAAUGAGUACAUUGAGACCAUCUCGUCGCGCCAGAUGGACAUGCAGAAGUUCAUCGCCGACGGCUGCAAAGAGGCUCUGCUGGAAGAAAAGCGACGCUUCUGUUUCCUAGCCGACAAACACUGCAUGUUCUCCUAUCAUAUUAGCAACUUCCACGACAAGGCCAAAGAGCUGCUAAACGAGAAGCUCCCCAGCUGGCAGGAGAUGUGCUGUGACAUUAGCAAGGUGCCGGACACGGUCAAGGUCAUGAUAGACGGACUUUCCACCAAUCAAGAGCAGUCGCCGCUUGUGGAGCGCUACAACAGGAACAGGGUUGAGUUGCUGCCUCCCGCACCACCACUAAAGGCGCAUACCAGUCCACUCGCUAACAUGUUCAACCCUGAGCCAAGAUCUCCAAUCACCUCGUCUUCAGAGUAUCACUCAGAUCAAGGCAGCCUGGGCGAAGAUGGUCUGUCCCGGUCUACAUCCCAGCUGUCAGGUCUCAAUAUGGCCAAGAGGCCUCGGGUCAGGACCAUCUUUCCGCACUCGGCAGGAAACAACAGCACGCUUCUCAGCUUUGACGAGGGCGACAUGAUCGCCUUGCUCAUUCACAAGGAAAAAGACGGUUGGCUUUACGGCGAGCUGGAGAAGACUCAACAGCGUGGUUGGUUCCCUUCAUCCUACUGCAGACCUUACAGUGAACCUAUGAUAUUGAACAGCAAUUUCGGGACACCAUUGCGCAGUCCGAGUGUUGCCAGUCUGCCUGAUCUGGGGGAGGAGGAGCCUGUUUUACUGCCGCCACCAGACUACUCUGACGACUUCCCAUCGAGUACGAUGAUUUCUUCGACGCCAUCGCCACAGAACACGGUUUCUCUUGUAAAUGGGACAGCAAAGGCUCCAUUUCUAGGAGGAGGUAAUCCCUUUGCGACCGUCAGGCUGAGACCCACCGUCACAAAUGAUCGAUCAGCACCGGCCAUUUAAACACAUAACUGAAAGGUGUUGCUCUCAUCAGGGCAGUAAUGGUAUCCCUGCAACGCACCCAAAACUGUACCCUAAACUGGACAUCUUACCAGCUUGCAAAAGGGAUUUUAUCAUAGUUGCAUUUUACAGUGACACCAUACGGACUGUUUAAAACCACAUUCUUUUUGCAAAUCCUUGUUUUAUAAAGUGUGCAUCCAGUCUGUGUUCAUGUCAAAUAAUGCAAAAAUGUUUCUCAUGAUGAAAACAGGGACUAAAAUGUGAUCCCUGACUGAAUGAAAGGUUUAAAGUAAAAGUGUCAAAUAUCACCCUCCAGCUAUGGACCUUUUUGUAAAUAACCAUUAUUAUAGUACAAAGCGAAUUUUGAGCCAGUCCAAAUGUAGACAACUGUUAAGAAUAAUGUGUAUCUGCAGUUGUAUUAGAGAAUGUAUAAGUGAAAAAGAAGGAAGAAAAACAUUAAAAACUAGGACACUCCUAGAUAAUACAAAAGUGUUUUUAGUAUUUUUUGUGCUGCAGUUAUUGCAGUGAUGAAAAAAUAUUUAUGCAUCAUUGUUUUGACCUGAUCCCGACAAGAACAACCAGCUACCAGUCUUCCUGACUUGCAGAACAAAUUAAUUCAUAUUUCUAUUUUUAAUAUUUUUAGUUUUUUUUAAGAGAGGAUGUGGGAAUGAAGGGAGCGUGCUGUGUUGAUGGGGUUUGUCAUUUGAGAAGUAUGUCACUGCAAUAAGAAGGUUUUAUAUUUAUAAGCUAGAUGUUAGUAAGAGAUAUUUAAACAAAUGUGUGUUAUGUCCAUUAGUUUUCAUGCUGAGCUUGGUUGUAAUUUGACUGCCAGUGAUUAAUUGGAUAACAUUUUGAUGAAGGGAAUUUUUCACUCCUCAUGAUUUGGCUGUUUUAUGCAAAAUGUUAAGAUGUCGGGUCACAGUUUUGAAAUAUUCCAAAGUUUAUGUCUAUGGAUGUUCUCAUUCAUCCAGGUCACUGUAAUCUCAGGGCCUUCAAUCGAUUGCAACUGGACUGUUUGGUUUGUCUUAGAAAACGUUUCGCCUCUCAUCCGAGUAGGCUUCAUCAGUUCAUGCUCAUAGACUUAGACUGGUCAGAUCUAGUUAUGGACUUGGAUUGUUCAGAUCUAGUCUAGCGACUGGUGCCAAAACCCAAAAUAUUUAUACUCCCAUACCAGGAUGGUGUGCCUGGGCAUGGAUGGUAUCGCCCUAUCAGAGUAAGACAAACAACUGUUGAGCUGCAAAGAAGCAACCCUACUGUCAAUGCCAACAACAGCUGUUGUAUCUAAGUCUAAGACUAAAUCUGACCAGUCUAUGACCAUGAACUGAUGAAGCCAACUUGGAUGUGCGGCCUAACGUCUCCUAAAACAAACCAAACAGUCAGUUACGAUCGAUUGAAAGCCCGAAAGUUGACUUUGUGGGGAUCUUUUCUGACAUGUAUUUUUUUGCUAUACGGAAUGUUUAUUGUGUGAUAAAUAAGUGAUCAUACUGACAGUUAUUCCUCAGUGCCUCGUUGAGUGUACCUUGUCAUUGUGUUCACAACGCAGCCUUUUUUUCCUCAAUAAAACGUGAAACUGU